GACCUAGGAGGCAGGGGUCAUGCAGUAUCACACAGCUCAAUGCAACAUGGCGUGGCGUAACUGUGUUCAGUGCUGGAGACAGUCGACUUUCAGAGAUAACAGUUCAUUAGGCGUACGCUUUCUUAGAGAAUGCAGAUUCAACUUUUUUACAGAGCAGAGAUGUGGUUUCCGCAAAGCACCAAAGAGGAGCGAACAACGGCGUGUAGAAGCAGAGGAAGUGGGACAGAAGGAAGUAAAUCCCAGUGAGUCACCUGCAAACAGGAAGAGCUUAAUACCCCCCGUGGAACCUCCUCCAUCUAAUGCUCCCCACAGAACAUUUAGGGUCCUUAUAAAACCAUUCGUAUUCACAGUUGGGUUUACAGGAUGUGCAUUUGGAACAGCAUCUAUCUGGCAGUAUGAGACCUUGAAAUCUCGAGUGCAGAGCUACUUUGAUGAGGCCAGAGCUGACUGGUUUGAGAAGCUAAGACCUCAGAAAGAAGGAGGCUUCCGGAAGCAGGUGAACCGAUGGUGGAACAGCUUGAGUGAAGGACAAAGAACAGUUUCAGGAAUCAUUGCUGCCAACGUGCUAGUCUUCUGCUUGUGGAGGGUGCCGUCACUUCAGAGGAGCAUGAUGAAAUACUUCACUUCUAAUCCUGCUUCUAAGGCUUUAUGUCUUCCUAUGAUCUUCUCCACCUUCAGCCAUUUCUCCCUUACUCACAUGGCAGCAAACAUGUAUGUAUUGUGGAGUUUCUCCUCUUCUAUUGUGUCUCUGCUGGGACAGGAACAAUUUAUGGCUGUGUAUCUGUCAGCAGGAGUUAUAUCUACGUUUGUGAGUUAUUUGUGUAAAACUGCUACUGGAAGAUUUGGCCCUUCCCUUGGAGCAUCAGGUGCUAUUAUGACCAUUUUGGCUGCAGUCUGCACAAAGAUGCCAGAAGCAAAAUUGGCUAUCAUCUUUCUUCCUAUGUUCACAUUCUCUGCUGGAAGUGCAGUAAAGGCAAUUAUCGCUUUGGAUUCAGUUGGAUUGUUUCUAGGGUGGAGGUUUUUUGACCAUGCUGCACAUCUGGGUGGAGCUUUGUUUGGCAUUUGGUACAUCCACUAUGGACAUGAGUUAAUCUGGAAGAGGAGAGAGCCCUUUGUCAAGAUCUGGCAUAAUAUGAGGACUGGAGGCCCCAGAGGCGGUGGAGGUAAUGGUUCUUUGUAGCAAAGCCACUGCUUACUGCAUAUCACUGCAAAACUGACUGUUGUGCAAAUGCGGAAAAGCUAUGGCCUGGAAGAAGAUUGUUUUAAUGAACUGAGGACUAACAGACAUUGGACUAUCUUAUUAUAAUGUACAAAAUUGUGCAACUUUUUUUGUAUGUAAAUUAAAGCAAAUUAAAUUGAUACAACUUA